AUGGCUUAACCCAUUGCUAUAGGAAUUGAUUUAGGAACAACUUACUCUUGUGUAGGUGUUUGGAUGAAUGAUAGAGUUGAAAUCCUCCAAAAUGAUCAAGGUAAUAGAACCACUCCAUCAUAUAUUGCCUUUAAUGAUACUGAACGACUUACUGGUGAUGCAGCUAAGAACUAAGUUGCUAGAAACCCAUAGAAUACAAUUUUUGAUGCUAAAAGACUAAUAGGAAGAAAGUUUUCUGAGUCUACUGUUCAAUAAGAUCUCAAAUUAUGGCCAUUCAAAGUUGAAGCCGGUGCAGAUGACAAACCAAUCAUUGUCGUUAAAUACAAAGGAGAAAAUAAAAAAUUCCACCCAGAAGAAAUCUCAUCGAUGGUCUUAACAAAAAUGAAGGAAACAGCUGAAGCCUACUUAAACAAACAAGUUUCAAAGGCUGUGAUCACUGUUCCAGCUUACUUCAAUGAUUCUCAAAGAUAAGCCACUAAAGACGCCGGAGCAAUCUCUGGUUUGAAUGUCUUGAGAAUUAUCAACGAACCAAGUGCUGCUGCUAUUGCUUAUGGUUUAGACAAGAAAUCUAAACAAGAGGAGCAUGUUCUCAUCUUUGAUUUAGGCGGUGGUACUUUUGAUGUCUCCUUAUUGGCUAUUGAAGAUGGUGUCUUUGAAGUCAAAGCCACAGCUGGUGAUACUCACUUGGGAGGUGAAGAUUUCGAUAACAAGCUUGUCGAAUAUUGUUGUGCUGAAUUCUUGAAGAAGAAAGGAGUUGAUAUCAGAAAAAACCCAAGAGCAUUAAGAAGACUUAGAACUCAAUGCGAAAGAGCUAAGAGAGUUCUUUCAUCAGCCAAUUAAACUACAAUAGAGGUUGAUGCUUUAGAUGCCAAUGAAGAUUUUAAUUGUACUAUCAGUAGAGCUAAAUUUGAAGAACUGUGCAUUUAAAUGUUUAAACAAUGUAUCCCUCCUGUUGAAAAGGUACUUAAAGAUUCUGGUAUUUCCAAGAAUCAAAUUAAUGAAGUUGUUUUGGUUGGAGGAUCAACAAGAAUUCCAAAAGUCUAAGAAUUGUUGAGAGAAUAUUUUAAUGGAAAGGAAUUGAACAAAUCCAUCAAUCCAGAUGAAGCUGUUGCUUAUGGUGCAGCCGUUUAAGCUGCGAUCUUAACUAAUUAAGGUAAUCAAUAAGUUAAAGAUAUGAUAUUUUUGGAUGUAACGCCUUUGUCAUUAGGUAUUGAAACUGCGGGUGGCGUCAUGACUGUGUUAAUUGGGAGAAAUACUACUAUUCCAACAAAAAAGUCAUAGAUAUUUACAACCUAUGUUGAUAAUUAAUCAGGUGUUUCGGUUCAAGUCUAUGAAGGAGAAAGAUAAUUGUCAAAAGAUUGUCAUAAAUUGGGAUCAUUCAAUUUAGAUGGUAUUGCACCAGCCCCAAGAGGAGUUCCACAAAUUGAAGUUUCAUUUGAUGUUGAUGAAAAUGGUAUCAUGAACAUUUAUGCUGAAGAUAAGGCAACAAAAAAUGCAAAAAAAAUCACCAUUACCAAUGGCAAAGGCAGAUUGUCAAAAGAUGAAAUUGAAAAAUUAGUUAAGGAAGCUGAACAAUUUAGGGCUGAAGAUGAUAUCAUUAAAUCAAAGAUAGAAGCAAAGAACAGCCUUGAAUAAAUAAUAUAUUAAGUUAAAAAUACCAUAAAAGAUGAAAAAUUGAGAGGCAAAUUUGCAGCAGAAGAAAUCUAAAAGCUAGAAUAAUUAAUUGAACAAACAACAAAAUGGAUAGAAUCUAAUCCAAAUGGUGAAAGGAAUGAUUACAAUAAUAAAUAAAAAGAUAUUGAAUUGAUAUUUAAUGGAAUGAUGUAAAGAGUAUAAUAAUACGGUUAAAAUGCUGAAUGGAUGGAUAAGGUUCAUAAGUUGAUUAAGUAGAUUGAAAUAAGAAAUAAUUAAAUAAAAUAAAUAUAAUUAAAUAAAUAAAUAAAUAAAUAAAUAAAUAUAGAUAUAUUAUAAACAACAUAGAAUAUAUUUUGGUAUAUAAAUAGUUAAUUUGAGUUAAAGUAAUAAUAAUAAAUAAAGAAUACAGAAAAUGGAUAUUUAAAAUGCGAAACCAGCUUAAGACUAUGUAGCAUACAAUGUACCAUUAUUACCUGCAGAAUAAUAAUCAAAUAAAUUCAAUAUUAUGCUCCUUAAGUUUAAUAAACUUAAUAAUAAUAAUAAAUUAAUUAAUAACCAUAUUUUAUUAAUCCUUAUCAACCAUUGAAUAUUUAAGCAGAUUAAUAAUAAUAUCCAUAUAAUUAGUAAUAAUAAUAAUAAUAAUAAUAAUAAUAAUAACAAAUAACAGGAAUAGUAAUUCAAAGUCCUUUAUAUUCCAUAUACUCCUUAAGUAGUAUAAAAUGCAUCUGGAUCUAGAACUCCUGUAUUACUUUAAUGUUGUUUUUGUAAUUAACAUUCAGUUACUACAAUUACAUAUAAACCAGGCAAUAAUACAUAUUGGGUUUCCUUAUUAUUAUGUCUAUUCUUUGGUUGUCUAUGUUUCAUACCUUUAUUAUCUGGAGAUUGCAAAGACGUUUAUCAUCAAUGCAGCUAUUGUGGAAAAGUAGUUGGUCACACUCCCUAUAAACCAUGUUCAUGAUUUUUAUAUAUUCUAUAAAGCAGAUAACAUUAUAAUUUUCGCAUCUCUAAUGUUAGUAUCGAAAUAAAACCAGAGGAAUUAUAAUUUCCGAGAAUUAUAAAUAAAAGUUCUCUCAAAAAUUUUCGAUUGAAGAGUUCGAUUAAGACAAGGUUAAUGCAUCAAUUAAGUUGGGAAGAUUUCAGUUUCAUGAAUAUGCAAAUCCUAAAAAUGAAAAUUUAACUCAGCUGGUAAAUGACAUACUUUCUUAGACAUUAAAAUAAUUAAGUUACAUUAAUUUUUAAUUUCAUAUUUCUCCUUAAAUCCAUGAAUUUUUACAAGAAAAAUUAAAAUUAAUUAUUGAUUUCAGUCGAUAAUUUUACACUUUGACCUUAGAUAUAAUUUAUUUAUUUAGAAAAUGGGAAGCCAAUGCUCGAAUUAGUUAGAGUUGUUAAUAAGGAAUAGAUCGAAAUUCGAUUAAUUAGUAGAAUUGUUAUUAAUAAACAAUACAUCAUGAUUCGAAUAAUUAGUAGAAUUGCGAGGAAGAGGAUUACUAAGACAAUAUGUUGAAAGAAGAAUAAAAGGAAGAGAAUUAACCAAUUUAAGAUUAAUAUGAACAUGAAAUUCAAGAUUAGUCAUAGACAGAAAAGAAAAUUGAGAUAAAUUUAACUUCUUGUAAAUUUUACAUUUAAUAGUUAGAGUCUAACAGUGGUAGUUUGAGAAAGAAAAAUUAAAUGGCACUCAGAAAUCAAGAGGAUAUUUUAGAAACCUUGGGAAAAAGAUCAAACUGUAAAUAGAGAGAAAAAAGGAACAAAUAUAUAUUUAAAAGUGGAGCAUCUUAUGAAGGCGAAUGGGUAGGCUAAUAAAGAGAUGGGUAUGGAGUUCAACUUUGGGUAGACGGUGCUAAGUAUGAGGGAGAAUGGAAGAAUAAUAAAGUUGAUGGAAAGGGAAAGUUCUGGCAUUUAGGAGGUGAUUAUUAUGAAGGGUAAUGGAAAGAAAAUAAAGCUUGUGGUAAAGGAAUAUAUCUUCACGCUAAUGGGGCUAAAUAUGAAGGAGAAUGGUUCAAUGAUCAACCUCAUGGGUAUGGAAUUGAAGUUUGGCUCGAUCAUUCUAGAUAUGAGGGAAAUUUUAGCUAUGGAAAGAAAUAUGGCUUUGGAAAAUGUUUUUGGAAUGAUGGGUCUAUAUAUAUAGGAAAUUGGGAAGGCAAUAUGAUGAAUGGAUUUGGAGUUCAUUAUUGGGCUGAUGGUAGAAAAUAUGAGGGCGUGUGGAGAAAUAGUCAAACGAAUGGUAGAGGUAUUUAUAUUUGGCAAGACGGAAGAUAAUAUAAUGGAGAAUACUAGAAUGAUAAAAAGUAGGGUUAUGGAGUCUACAUUUGGCCAGAUGGGCGAAGAUAUGAGGGAUAUUGGAUUAAUGGGAAGUAGGCUGGAAAGGGUCGAUACACAUUGCCUAAUGGAAAGAGUUAAUUGGGAUUGUGGGAAGGAGGUAGACGUAUCAAAUGGUUAGAUCAAGAUGAGGAUAUCAAACCUCUUGGUUGGGAUGACUACAAAGAUCCUCAAUAACAUCAAAUUAAUCAAUCUGAUAGUUGA